CGGCGAGCCGCCACAGCCCCGGUGGAUGCCGGCUUCUCUCUGUCGAUUGCCGGUGCCCUCUGGUAUUUGAUGUGUUUGUUACGGAGCCCAACUGUUGGAAGGACCACUCCUGCCUCCAGUUAAAAAACCCAAAAAAACUCUGGAAUCCAUGUCUCAGUUGCGAAUGCUAAUUCCAGAGUGCAUACCAGGCCACGACAGUUUGGUGACCUUGUUCAGUAGAAAGCUACUGUGUUUUUACAACUGUUCAAGCUUUGACAUACAAGAUGAAGCAAGAUGCCACAAGGAAUGCUGCCUACACUGUGGAUUGCGAAGAUUAUGUGCAUGUGGUCGAAUUUAAUCCCUUUGACAGUGGGGAUUCAGGAAACCUACUUGCAUAUGGUGGCAAUAAUUAUGUGGUCAUUGGCACGUGUACAUUUCAGGAGGACGAAGCAGAUAUUGGAGGACUUCAGUAUAAAACACUGCAAACAAUUCACCAUGGAGUCAGGGUUGGUGGCAUAGCUUGGAGCCCAGAGACUAGACUUGAUUCAUUGCCUGCAGUAAUCAAAUUUUGUACUUCAGGUGCUGAUAUGAAAAUUAGAUUGUUUACUUCAGAUCUUCAGGAUAAAAACGAAUAUAAGGUUUUAGAGGGCCAUUCAGAUUUCAUUAAUGAUUUGGUGUUUGACCCCAAAGAAGGCCAAGGAAUUGCAAGUGUGAGUGAUGAUCAUACCUGCAGGAUUUGGAACUUGGAGGGAAUGCAGACAUCUCAUUUUGCUCUUAAUUCCCCUGGAAUGAGUGUGUGUUGGCAUCCUGAGGAAACUUUUAAGCUGAUGGUUGCAGAGAAGAAUGGAACAAUCCGAUUUUAUGAUCUUAUGUCCCAACAGGCUAUUUUAUCUCUUGAAUCAGAACAGAUGCCAUUAAUGUCAGCACACUGGUGUUUUAAAAACACCUUCAAAGUUGGAGCUGUUGCAGGGAAUGAUUGGUUAAUUUGGGAUAUUACUCGAUCCAGUUACCCUCAAGUUAAGAGACCUGUCCACAUGGAUCGAGCCUGCAUAUUUAGGUGGUCCACAAUUAAUGAAAACUUGUUUGCAACCACUGGAUAUCCUGGCAAAAUGGCAAGCCAGUUUCAAAUCCAUCACCUAGGACACCCUCAGCCCAUCCUCAUUGGAUCGGUAGCUGUUGGGUCUGGCCUUUCCUGGCACAGAACUCUCCCACUGUGUGCUGUGGGAGGAGACCAUAAGCUGCUGUUCUGGGUGACUGAGAUGUGACAUCAGCGCUCGCCCAGCUUGGAUCCAUCAGCUUUGUGCUUUUAGUACAUGUUUUGGGAAAUUCCUUAUUUUUAUAUUAAAUAUACUGUAAGCUUUAGAAAUAGCCCAGUUCUUAUUGUUAAAUAAAAUGUUGAUGGUUUAAAAAGUUAUUUUUCUACUCUGUUCAGUGUGUAUGUGACUUAAUCAUCUCUUAAGAAUAUGUUUGACUCAGCAGUUCCAGAAAAGAGAUGAGUAGGGAAACAGAAUGCUUUUGGUUUUAAUACAGGAUUAUUCAAAGUACAUGCUAUCCUCUAUGCUUUAAACAUGUGCUGUUUUCCUGAUUCUCAGGGACAAAUAUUUACAAAAGAAAAAAAGGAGGACCACUCCUUUCAAUGUUAUUCUGGCAGUUGCUGAGUGUGUGUGUGUGUGUGUGUGUGUGUGUGUUUAGCAAUCUGUUAUAUGUAGGGAUCC